UCUCUCUGUAUUCUCGAAGAUAAAUGAUUAACCCUUCAUAAGUUUUUUCUUCCGCGUCCCGAUUACGGCGUCGUUUGGGAACCCUAUUCGUGUGUCAUACGCACUUCUCCUCGAUAGUAAAGUCGGCAUGGGACGAAGAAAAAGGAGAAAGCUUCCGGCGCCGGCGGUGGUUACUUCAUCCCCGGUCCCUCCGCCGGCGCCGUGGAUCGAUUUGCCCGAUGAUUUGACGGCGAAUAUCCUCCAACGGCUGGAUCCUAAAGAGAUAUUCGAGAGUGCGCAGAUAGUGUGCACCACGUGGCGGAGAGUCUGCAAGGAUCCCGCCACGUGGCGCGUGCUUGAUUUGAAUUAUCGAUAUUAUGAUUCCGCGCACCGCAAAUUUGAGACCAUUUGCCGUUGCGCGGUAGAUCGCAGCCAGGGACAAUUGGUCGAGUUAACGGUUACCGCUUUUGGAGAGGAUAGGCUGCUAAACUACGUAGCCGACCGAUCGAGUAAGCUUCGACGCCUUACACUUGUGGACUAUGCUAUAUUCGGAGAAUCUUUUGUCGAGGUGAUGAAAAAACUGCCACAAUUGGAAGAGUUGCACCUUAUCGGGACUAUAUUCAUUGGCCCCGAAGAUAUUGAAAUAAUUGGCAUCUCUUGCCCCAUGUUGAAAUCGUUUACGUAUAAUGAACCCCGGCGUGUGACUCCAGAUAUCUUCGAAGAUUUGUGGGAUUAUGAUAACACUAUCCCCAAUGAGCUUGGUGUAGUAAUUGGAAAAACCAUGCCUAAUUUGCGUUGUCUCCGAAUUUUGGAUCAGCGGAUGAACAAUAAGGGACUAGAAGCGAUCCUCGAUGGCUGCCCCCAUCUUAAAUCACUCGAUCUUCGGCAAUGCUCUGGCCUUGAACUGCAAGAAUGGGAUUGUCUAGGCAAAAGAUGUUCUAAGCAAAUGAAAGAUUUGAGGCUCCCUUCUGACUCUACCAUUGAUUUGGAUUGGCUUACCACCAAUCCAUUUGAAUGUGAUGAUGUGGAUUGGGAUGAAUUAUUAUCAAAUUCUAGGAUGGUCGACGUCUUUGAUUUCAGCUAUUGGAAGCAGAAUAGUGAUAGUGAUAGUGAUUAUGAUUAAUUUUUUGAAGAUUAUAAUGGUUAAAGUGCUAGGUCCUGAGAUGUUAGGUUGAUUAACAAUGGUGCUACUUUACUUUUAUGUUACUCAUUUAAAU